AAUUAAACUUCUUUUUACGAAUUGCUUCAUACUUUUUUCUAAAAAUUAAACUUCUUUUUACGAAUUGCUUCAUACUUCGCACUUUAUCCAAGCUUUAAGGAUACGAAAAUGGUCGUUGAUAUUUUUCUUCUCCUGUUCUUUUGGUCUGACGGUUCAUCCACAAAAAUAAUUGUGGAUUGUUUGAAUUUGUCUUUACCCGUUUAUUCCGUUCUUGGGGUACGUGUCCGAAGGCACACAACGCCAGUUUGUCUAAUUAUCGCCCGGCCCCCUCCACGGUAGUCCCGCGUCGCCACCUCCGGGCUAUCAUCACGCCCGUUACGCCGCGAGAUGAUGACGUUCAUCGCCUUGGCCCUCGCAGCCUUCUGCGCCCUUCCCAGGUCCCAGUGCGCCGAUUUCGACCUAAUCGCCGAUCUCCUCCAAGCCUCCAUCGACAAGGCCAACUCGUUCGAUCCUGGCCGAUACAACAGCACCAGAGAAGCUGCAUCGGUGAUCGACACCGUCAGAAAGAAGCUAGGUCGUGAUUUGCACCUCUUGGAACAAGGCCUACUCUCUGGGAACGAGGGCCGCAUGAGCGCCCUGAUCGCCAAGGUGAAGUUUUCCGUGGACGCGAUGGCCGGCGGGUUCGAGGCCGAUCCGGCCUCCGUGUCCGACGCCUGGCUUCAGACAACUUCAGCGGUACUGCAGGUCCUGCGCGAAAUCGAGCGUAUGCUGGAAGGCCAUCCGGGCUGGACUCCGAGCUGGCACUACAUCUCACAAUUCCUCGAGUCGUUCCUUCACGACAGUCCUAGAGAAAAUGGCGAUAGUUGAUUUGGUCCUCCGGGCCGAAUGGGGGGGAGGGUAUUUCAGGUGUUUUUUUGUUGUUUUGAACUAGAAUAAAGUAAACAAUUUUAAACAGAAAAGUUCUUUGUA